AUGCUCUGGUCAUCCGGUGGUGGCCUGCCGCUGCAGCGAGAGCGGCCAUUCGAGAGAAGGUUUGGUCCUGCUGAUUCUGGACAGUUCUGGCUGACUCAGGGCGCCAAACCUCGAGUUGGCUGCCACCGAGCAAGCUCAGACAGAUGGAGGUUUGUCACAUGGGCCUUCUUUGCCCUACGCAGUUCUAGACGCCUGCUCCGCUCUCACGACGCCAGGCCAAGACUUCUGCGACGUUCUCAUGACGAGGAGACAAGCGUGCUGCUGAAGGUGGCAGUGGGAUCGACCCACGACGGGCGAGGGCGCUGCCUCCUUGCCGCCGAGGAUGCUGACGCCGGCGAUUGCGUGAUCAGGGAGAAAGCAUCCUUUACGCACGACAUGGGCGGAACCGUCUCAGAGCAAGGUGCUGCCUUGAUUUGGGAGCAGUUCCUUCAGCUACCCGAAGAAGUCCAAGAUGCCAUCUGGGGCCUCUACUGCCCAGAGCCUUCUGUCGAAGCUCUUGAAGAGUCGCCGGGGUAUCUGCUGUCUUCCGAAGAGCAGCGUCGAUUGCUUGGAAUUUUGAAGGUGAACAGUGUCAAGCUCAGAGGCCCCGGUGCUGGCGUUUUUUUGACCAUCAGUCGAGCAAACCAUUCGUGUCGGCCAACAUGUGCCUUCGUCCUUGGCGAGGAUGGAAUGUGCAGCUUGGUGGCCGUUCGAAAAAUCAAGGCCGGCGAGGAGGUCACCGUCUCCUACAUUUCUGAAAACAGCCUCCUCUUGCCAGUUCUACAGAGGCGCAGCGCUCUUUAUCGCCCUUGGCAGUUCCACUGCCAUUGCGAGCGCUGCGUUGGCAUCGAUGACACACGCGGGCAUCGCUGCUCUCUCUGUGGUCGGGGGAUUCAGUGGGCCUCUGCAGAUGGCGCCUGGCAAGCUUGUGAUAAUUGCGGUGGGCACAUGGAUGACAAGGAGCUGCGGCAAUGCCUGAGUCGGUUGUGGUUGCGAUACAAUGCGAUGGAACCACUUCGAGUUGAGGCGGAGUUGGCCUCACUUCAGUUUCAGCGCGGCUGCGACGGCCCGGUCGAGCGCAAGGGGGCGAAUUGGAUGAGUGACCUGAUUUCGCUGCACCGCACCUUGCGUGAUUCGCCACCUCCCUCGCCCGGCCUGGAUACCCACUGGAUCGGAUCCAGCAUUGCAGCACUUGCUGCAGAAGCGCAUCUUUGGCGUGGAGAGUUUGACGAAGCAGCUGCGGCGGCAAAAGCUCGAGUUGCUUAUGUCAAGAGAGUGCUGGGUGGAGACACUCCGGGACUGCGGAAGAUGGAGGCGACGAUCGACAUUGCCCGCCGCAUGAAGAAGCGAGAGCUUUGA